UUUCACAGAAAUGUCAAAUAUGUCAGAUUGCAUUUGUGAACUGUAAUUGUGAGUGAAAUUUAUAAAUAAAAAUAUAUAAAAAUGGAUACAGAAAAUGAACCACAGCCUGGUCCUAGCAAUGUCAAGAAAAAAUCACCAAAAUCAACAAAUAAAAUGCCAAAUAUUAAAGAAAUGAGUAAAGAUGAAAUUCAAGCUGCUCUUCUUAAAAAACGCCAAUGUGAUGCAGAUGCUCAAAAAAUUGUUGAACGUCUCAUUGAAAAUCCUGUUCCUGCUCCGUGGUUUGUCUAUUGUUUAAAAUUUAUCAAUCAAUGUCACAUCGAUGACGUUUUCGAGGAACGAUCGUUAAUUAACCAAUGUGGAUAUCCAAUUUGUUUGGGUAUUUUACCAAAUUUCCCUAAAAAACAAUAUAUGAUAUCGACAAAAUUGAAUAAAAUUUACGAUAUCACUGAACGAAAGAAAUUUUGUAGUGAUAAAUGUUUUAACGCAGCCGUAUUUAUUCGAGAACAAAUGUUAACUAGUCCAUUAUGGUUACGUGACAAGGAAGACAUACCUGAUUUUAAGUUAUUACCAUGGACUACAAAGGGUAUGCCCGGCUUAGAAAUAAAUUUUGGUGUACCAGACAACUCAGAAAUCGAACCGGAUCCCACACAAUUUACAUCAGUAUCAGAUUUUGCAAAAACUUCUCUAGAUGAUGCACCAGAUACAUUUGAGGAAAUGGAAAAACAUACAUUUUUAGAAGAAGAAGAAACUUCAAAUACAAAGAAAAAAGCCCCAAAUACCUCAGAAAAAUUAGAAAAAUUAAUAAAAAAAUCAAAUGAAAAUCAACAACGUAUUAAUCGGAAAAUAAUUGAAAGUCAUUUCUCAGAGAUUGUCUCUGAAGAUGAUCUCUUUAAAUAUUCCAAACAUCAAUUAAAAUUGAUUAAUUUAGGUGAUCGUGCACAAGCGUUAAAACUCAGUGAACAGAUCUCGAAAGAAAGUUUACGGGAACGUUUAGAAAAUCGUCGAAAAGCAAUGUUAAAACAACAGACAGAAGCUAAAUCAAAAGCUAAAAAUAACACUUCAAGUGUCGAGGAAAUUUCCGAUAAAGUAAAAACACUUCAAAUAAAUUCAGAUGAAUUAAAAUCUGAUGAUAAACAUAGUUCGAAUGAGAAUUCGAAUAAAAAUAUUUCUAAAACGUUUGAAUUAAAUUCAAACGAAUUAAAAACUGACCUGCAAGAAAAUGAUACUCAAGAUUUAUCUUCUGGAAGCCAAGAAAAAUGUGAAAUUUCGACAAAAAUUGAAACAAUUCAAUCAACUUUAAAACAAGAAAAUUAUCCGAGAAAAGAGUUCGAAAUUGAAAAAAGUACAGAUUUUCCCGUACAAACAAAUCAACCAACUUCCAGUAGGACAAACGAAAAAGAACUUCCUCAAAAUUUAUCCGUAGAAGAAACAUUAAAAAUUAAUAAUAACGAAUCAAAACCGAUAAAACCAUCAAUAAAAUCAAUUCUAAUCGAAAAAAUUAAAGAAGAAUUACCUCCAAAUCCAAGUUUGGACAAACAAAUUAAACCGCCAACAGAUUUAUCCACAACGGACUUGGCAAUUAAUUACAUCGAAAAGUGUCUUACAGAAUGGUUCACAAUUGAUUCGUUACUCUUUCUAUAUGGUCGAGAACGGGUUAAAAAUGAUGUGAAAUCACAUAACAAAGUGAUCCAAGAAAAACUAACGGAAUUCCUUAAAGAAUCCACAAAUAAUUUAUACGAGAACGAAGCAUACAUUAAGCUAUGUAAGAAAAUCGAUAUGUUGGAAUUAGAAGAGGAACGCUACGAGAAAUCCGUAAUCAAUAGAAAUUUAAAACCAUUACCGGAUUAUCGUAUGUUACGUGCGGAAAAUAAACGAUUAAUCGUUAAAGUACGUUCAUUUUAUAAUGGUAAUAUAGAAUUUGAAGAACCUGGAUUGUCUGAAAGUGAAACAUCUGAAGAAUCUGAAGUUGAUUCGGAGAUUGAUUCUGAUGACGAUGAAUAUACAACCGUUUUACCAGCGGUUGAUAAAAAUUCACAGAAUCAUUUACGACGCCAAAUUGUUUUUAAUUGUUUAAAUAAAACUGUUCCUGGUUUAUUACAAACAUUUGGUUUGACCAGUCAUGAUAUGACAUCUGAAAUACGUCAAUUUAUCAGUACUUUUUAUUUGACCGCUAAAAAUAUUAUUUUUAAACCGAUUCAUUUGAAUCUAUUAGGUGUCAUUAUCUUACGAUUAUUAGGUGAAAAAAAUCGUGGUUUAUUUAAAUUAAUGGAAGACGCAACAGCUAUUAAAUAUAGCACGAUUUUAUUAAAUAUUUAUAAAUUACCAUACGAUUAUCUAGAUCAAAUUGUGGCCAAACUUACUAAUAUUGAAAGUAUCGUGGACAAUCAUUGUACAACCAAAACCAAUAAAUAAAUUAAUUUAUUAAGUUUUUAA